AUGGACGUCUCCCAGGCCAUAUCAGGCUACAUCUCCAAGAUAGUGAUGCCUGCAGGAGAGACAUCAUCAUCCAAAAUGAAGAUCUUACUUCUGGAUAGAGAUACGGUCCCCAUUGUAUCCACAGCUAUCACUCAAUCAAGUCUUCUCAAUCAUGAGGUCUACUUGAUUGAUCGCCUGGACAAUACUGCGAGAGAGAAGAUGAGGCACCUACGUUGCCUGUGCCUCGUGCGGCCAUCACCGGAGACUAUACAGCUUUUGAUUGAUGAACUAAGAGACCCCAAAUAUGGUGAAUACCAGCUGUACUUUACCAAUGUGGCGAAGAAGUCUUCACUUGAGCGACUCGCUGAGGCGGAUGACCAUGAAAUCGUCAAGGUUGUCCAGGAGCACUUUGCGGACUAUACAGUCGUAAAUCCAGAUCUCUUCAGCUUUGAGAUUAUGCUACCGAGAUGGCGUAUUUUCGCGGGCAGCCCUGAUGCUUGGAAUCCAGACUCCCUACAACGAUGUGCAGAGGGAUUAGUGGCUGUUCUGCUAUCGCUCAAGAAGAAACCGCUGAUUCGAUACGCAAAGGCUGGUUCUGUGGCGAAGAAGCUCGCUUCCGAGGUUCGGUACCUCAUGACUCAAGAAGAACAGCUGUUUGAUUUCCGAAAGGUCGAUACACCGCCAAUAUUGCUUGUCCUCGAUCGCCGCGAGGAUCCCGUCACACCGCUCUUGACACAAUGGACUUACCAAGCCAUGGUGAAUCAUCUCCUCGGUAUCCAAAAUGGCCGCGUGAAUCUUGAAGAUGUGCCCGAUAUUCGACCAGAGUUGCGAGAAAUUGUUCUAUCACAAGAUCAGGAUCCCUUCUUCAAGAAGAACAUGUUUCUCAAUUUCGGGGACCUUGGAAGCACGAUCAAAGAAUACGUCGAACAGUAUCAGUCAAAGACAAAGAACAGCGCUGAUAUCGAAUCCAUUGGCGACAUGAAACGCUUCAUCGAAGAGUAUCCAGAGUUUCGAAAAUUAUCUGGCAACCCGUCUAACUCUUUGCCGGUGCUGACCGAUCUUCUUGUUGCAGCUGGCAAUGUGUCACCGCGUCAAGCCGCAAUGGUGGAUAAAGUACUCGCUUACCACACAUCUCUGCACUCAUCACAAGCGCAGGGGGGAAUUUCUGACAUAUUUGAAUCGGGAGGGAUAUUUGCUGGUGCUUCAAACCGCUUCAAGGGUCUCAAAGGCGUCGAGAAUGUCUAUACACAACAUACGACAUUGCUCGAGACUACGCUCCAAAAUCUUGUCAAAGGACGUUUGAAGGAACAACAAUAUCCAUUUGUUGAUGGAGGAGGAACUACUCGGGACAAGCCGCAGGACAUUAUCGUCUUCAUGGUUGGUGGUGUAACAUAUGAAGAAGCGAAAAUGAUUGCGGGCAUCAACGCCACGACCCCCGGUGUUCGAGUUGUGUUGGGAGGAACUUCUAUUCACAACACCAGCACAUUUAUGGAGGAAGUAAAUGAUGCACUGUUUUAUGCCUUUGGACGUUAUGUUGAAUUGGCCCCACCAAAAAGUUGCGAGACAGGAGUUACAGUAAUCACGAAUUUCUGUGACGAUACAACAAGUGCCAUGCAUGCGAUUCUGCGACAACAAGCGCGCGGGAGGCACAUUGCAUCGUCUAUAAGCCGUCGACGGCAUCUGGCGACCGUAUCCGAUAAUGCUAGGACAUUUGAUGUGGUUGUUAUAGGAGGCGGCCAUGCCGGUGCUGAGGCCUGCGCCGCGGCAGCUCGAGCCGGAGCCAGGACGGCGCUUAUUACGCCAAAACUCGAAAACCUCGGCACUUGCUCCUGCAAUCCUAGCUUCGGCGGCAUCGGCAAGGGAACCAUCAUCCGCGAGAUCGAUGCGCUCGAUGGCCUUGCCGGGCGUAUAAUUGACAAGGCCGGCGUGCAGUUUCAUGUGCUUAAUCGAAGCAAAGGGCCAGCCGUAUGGGGCCCACGAGCUCAAAUCGACCGGAAGCUCUACCAAAAACACAUGCGCGAAGAGCUUCAAGCAUAUCCGAAUCUUUCCAUAAUACUCGAUUCCGUUUCCGACAUUGUUCUAUCUGCAGAAGAGACUGAACCGAAUACACCACAACCGGCCAUUUCCGGCGUACGACUCGACUCCGGCGAAACUAUUCCCACGAGACGAGUGAUUAUAACUACGGGGACUUUCCUUGGCGGAGAGAUUCACAUCGGCCUGCAAACAUACCCAGCUGGCCGGCUAGGUGAAGCCGCGACAGUUGGAUUGAGCAAAUCGUUGCGUGAUGCCGGCUUUCAGCUAGGUCGCCUGAAGACAGGAACGCCCCCGCGACUAGACAAAUCAAGCAUCGAUUUCAAUGUGAUGGAGACGCAGUUUGGAGACAAUCCAGCCAACCCCUUCAGUUAUCUGAAUAGCAGCGUAGCGGUCCAAGAUCAGCUGACCUGCAGCAUGACAUAUACGAACCACGCGACCCACGAUGUGAUACGAGACAACUUGGACAAGACUGUCCAUAUCCGUGAAUCUGUCAAGGGCCCUAGGUAUUGUCCGUCUCUGGAGUCCAAAGUUAUCCGGUUCGCUGAUAAGGAACGACACAUUGUCUGGCUUGAGCCUGAAGGGUUUGACGACCCCGUCAUCUACCCCAACGGCCUGUCCAUGACAAUUCCCCCUGAAGCGCAAGAGCAAGCGUUGAGAACCAUUGUCGGCCUUGAACAAGUAAAGAUGCUCCAGCCAGGGUACGGUGUAGAGUAUGACUAUAUCGACCCGCGUGGGCUAAAAUCGACGUUGGAGACCAAGGCAAUCGGCGGGCUGUAUCUCGCCGGCCAAAUCAACGGCACCACCGGCUACGAAGAGGCAGCUGGUCAGGGCGUUCUCGCCGGGAUAAAUGCCGGGAGAGCUGCAGUAGGACUUCCGGGCGUGUCGCUGUCGAGAUCUGAUGGGUACAUUGGCGUCAUGGUAGAUGACCUGACUACCAAAGGAGUGACUGAGCCAUAUCGCAUGUUCACGUCGCGCAGCGAAUUUCGCAUGGCGGCACGCGCUGACAAUGCUGAUCUUCGCCUCACCGAAAAGGGCCGUGAAUGGGGCGUCGUGACCGAUCGCCGCUGGGAGGCCUUUACGAACGAGAAAGAUCAGAUUGAUAGACUGACAAGGAGCCUCGACGCGGUAUCUCUGUCGACAGAGCAGUGGAGAAAGCAUGGUUUCCAAACGAAGCGCGAUUCGCGCCGUCGCAGUGGCAUUGAUGUCGUGCGACUAUCCAAUGCCAACAUGCGCCCUGACCUGACCCGUCUCAGCUCUAUGAUUCCUGGCAUCAUGGAUUAUUCGCCCCGAAUACACGAUCGCGUUGUGCUGGAAGCAAUGUAUGCACCUUAUAUCAAAUUGUACGAGGCUGCCAUUGGCAAGUUCAAGAAUGAUGAGGGAGUUUACCUGCCGUUGGACCUGGACUACGACUCCAUUCCAGGCCUCGCGCUUUCAGAGCGUGAAGUCCUCAAGAUCACCCGGCCCGAAACUCUGGCGCAAGCUCGCCGGGUAGAAGGCGUCACACCAUCGGGGAGUCUGCGCCUGCUUGCCUAUGUUCGGCGUCGUUCCGGUUCCAAGCCAGUGGUCCCCGAAAGUUCAUAG